AGGGGUCGUGAGAGAUGAGGUGAUUGGUUGAUCAUGACGAUUGAGCCUUCCCGCUUUGCAAGGGUUCUCAGGAUCGGAGGGCUAAAUAAAAGCGGGUCACUCUGGGAAUGGAAACAGAGGAUGCGGAGGUUGAGUAGAGCUAGUUUUAGUGGAUUGGGGGUCCUAGUCAGAUUAAGUCAGUGCGUGAGGUGCGCCUGUUGGUCGGGCAUAGUUCCCGGCUUCUGGGUGAUAUAUAGGACCCUUAAGCCCCGCCGUUUCUGGUCUUUGAAAAGCAUAUUCACAUCAAGGUACUGGUACCUCAUCUGCAAAUAUUUAUAUCGUUGAUCGAAUCUCCUUUCUGCCAGAACAACUCCUCUAUUCUACCUUCCCAUACUCUCAACUACUUUCCUCACCUCCAAGAACUUCAAAUUCCAAAUGUCGUCCUCAACAACACACCUCCAAAACCCACAACCAUCGACGGAAUAUGAUAUGGACGGACAAUUUUCUCUCUCCGCAUAUGCAAGGACG